AUGACCAGGGGGAGGCUACCGCAUGGGAUCGAAGCUACAUCAAUAUUGACGUCGACGCUAAUUACUGAUGAAGAAAGUCCAAAUAUGGACCCAAAUGUUUUACAAUUAUCGUAUACUAUGGCAUUGAUUAGAUUUGUAAAUGGCUUGUUGGAUCCUUUCCAGCAAUCUAGCUUUGCUGUACCAAUGCAAUUAUUGGCCAAACAGUUGGAUUUACCUUCUUUUUUUGUAGAAUUGAGACAUAUGGGAACCCAUGAGAGUUUGCCCACUUUGGAGAUGCUCAGAAUUGGUUGCAAACGAGCCUUGAAUUGGCUAUAUGAUCAUUAUUGGUGCCAUGUCAAUAGUGGAAAUUUCUUACAAAAGACCAAUUUUGAUGGAGAUGGAGAAAUCGACGUAUAUAGCGAAGUUGUCAAUUGGAGAAUUGUUGAUUACGAGCAUUUAAUAGUGCAGUUUCUGGUUUAUGACAAUUUGAAAUUGUAUAAAAAGACUAGAAAAGUUGAUCUUAACUCACCGCUAGUUGCUAAGGAUAACAGUGACGCAAGCUCCAUACAGAAUUGCCUUGAAAAUUUACAAAAACUCAAUCUUCGUGAUGCUGAUCUUUUGGCAGAACUCAUGAUUAGAAAGUUUGUUAUAAUAUACCCCCGUGAUAAACUAAAGAGCAAGAAUAUCAAGUAUAAUCCGUUAUUUCAAAAAUUGUACAAGCCAUUAUUUGAUCUUUUUGGAUUACAGUUUAAUAUUAAACUUUUCAAGAAAAUUGUUGAUUUGAUUGAUGGUAAGCCUCUAAGCAAUGUCAAUAAGCGAGUAUUUAAAAGACUAGGAUUUGCUUUACAAUUGUCUCAAGAGGAAACAGCGCAGCUAGCAGAAUGGUUACCCGAGUUAGUUGAAUAUAUUCUCACAUCAAAGGAACUUUUGCCAGUUACUAAACAAGUUGUUGAUUUCUUGAUAGACAAGAUUGAGUUGUUAAAGGAAUACACGCCGAUGCCGAGCACAAAAUUAUUCUUACUAUUGUCCAAUAUUAUCAAGAAUAAUGAACCAAUCUACGGGAAAAACUUGAUUGAACAAGUUUGUCAACGAGCUAAAGAAUGGGAAGCUCUAGAGAAAACAAGGCAAAAUUUCAAACUACCACCUUCACUAGAUGAGCUAUUAGCCGAGGAGAAUCCAAGAAAAAGGAAACAGGAUACCGAUAUAGAUGGAAAGGAUAUCGAUAUAGAUGGAAAGGAUAUCGAUAUAGAUGGAAAGGAUAUCGAUAUAGAUGGAAAGGAUAUCGAUAUAGAUGGAAAGGAUAUCGAUAUAGAUGGAAAGGAUAUCGAUAUAGAUGGAAAGGAUAUCGAUAUAGAUUAUAACAAAAAAUUACAAAAGAUUGAGAAAAGAAUCUUUUUGUUUGAUCAAGAUCAAGAUUGGAAGCAAACACCAUUUGGUAUAUCUUCUUAA